CAGCAGCAGAUAUGCUAAGUCACAAAUACAUUUUUUUGUUUACCUUUAGCUGUAAUGCUAGCUAACUAAAUAAGAUAUGCCUACUUCUUCAAGAAAGACAGCAUGUAUUGCAUUGUUUUAUUCGAGAAGUAAAUUCAUGUGCGCCUUUGGAUAAGACGACGUAAUUGUGUUGCUGCUGUAUCGUCAAAAGCCAAGAUGAUCGAGGUGGUGGCCUCCAUGGCCCGAGGUCCCGUGUUUCUCGCCGGCGAGCUCAUGGAGUGUCUCAUAACAUUCACCAACCCGAUGUCUCACCUCUCCACAUCUGCCAGCAGUGAGAUGCUGGCAUGGGCCAGUGCUCAGAUCCACUGCCAGUUUCAUGCCAGUGAAAGCAGAGUGGCUCUACCGGCCCAGGGCAACAAACAGGAUGUCCAGGCUGAGAGCGACACUGUGCUUAUUCCAAGCAGAGGAGAGCGAGGGCAGUGUGUGCUGGACACACCACCUAAGAUAUUAUUUUGUGACCUGCGCCUGGACCCCGGGGAAAGCAAAACCUAUUCAUACAGUGAAAUCGUGCCCAUAGAUGGUCCUCCUAGUUUCCGAGGUCAGGCGGUGAAGUACGUCUACAAACUGACCAUCGGCUGCCAGAGAGUCAACUCUCCUAUCAAACUACUCCGAGUUCCCUUCAGAGUCCUGGUUCUGCAAGGAAUGCCAGAGCCUCCAUUUCCCCAGGAUGAGGAGGUUUCUCCCUCUAACCCGUUCCUGGAGGAAGAGGAAGCGAGCCGCAGGGAUGCUCGGCCUUUGGAGAGAGCACUGGACAUGCUGAUGGUCACCACCUCAAGACGCUGCCCCCACAUGUUUAAUAUCACCAAUGUGCGUGGGAAAGUAGCAAAGUUCUGCAUCUUCAAGACCGUUUACAGACUCGGGGAGGACAUCAUCGGCACAUUCAACUUCUCAGAGGGAGACAUUCCCUGCUUGCAGUAUUCAGUGAGUCUUCAGAAUGAGGAGGAGAUCCAGCAGCAGUACCAGCGGCGUCCCGGACAGGCUGUCAGUGUGACUGGACACGGACGACACCUGGAGUCGUGCCUCCACACCGCCUCCAGCCACUUCUCUCUCCCCAUCCCCCUCAACGUCACCCCGGGUUUCAGCACAGACAUAGUGAUCCUGAGGUGGCGCCUGCACUUUGAAUUCGUCACUGCCCGGGAGCCCAUGGAACCGCCCACAGUUCUGCAGAACCAGUCAGAGGUCACAGUUUGGGCUGGGGCGGAGCAUGUCGACGUGGAUACCUUCAGCUGGGAUCUGCCAAUCAAAGUCCUGCCCACUAAUCCGGCUUUGGCAUCCUACAUGUCCCACUUUACGGGGACCAACAGCAUUAAUAUUUGACUGUUGUGCCUGUGUAAGAUUGUGAACGUGAGGAAUCAGGAGGAGAGAGAGAGACUUCUUUCCAGAUAAGAGAUGUUAACACAGAGGUGCACAUUUCAGGAACAAAGGAGCGUUGUCUAUUGUAUAUUCAGAGCCAGUGAUGGAUUCCAUAUGUAAAGUAUGCAGCUGAUGUUUUGACUUUUUCAUAUUCAUUUUGCAGCGCAUCUAAAUGCAGCUCCCUUUUUGAAAGAUCUACAAACUAUGAGCUCCUGAAGUGAAACUAUCUCUGCGGUUACUGUGCGUUUAUGUAUUUGUGUAAUUUUUGACGCACACUUGUUCUCAUUUCAAACUGUUUAUUAUUCAAUAUAUUUUUUACUGUUUAACUGUUUUUCUUUCAGCUUGAGCAAAUGUUGUACUGAGAUGUAAAUACUACAAGAGAAAAAUGAAUUAAAAGUGUGAUUUAAAUUUGA